UGUCGUAUAAGGCUACAUACAUUGCUACAUAAGAUUCCUUGUCACUUUUUUAUUAUAUUCGUUACUUAAACUGGUUCUAACAAUCUGAUGUAACUAACUUAUUACGAUGAACAGAGAAGAAGAUAUGGAAGAGAUCUCUGCUGCGAAAACGACGGUGCAGCCGCCUGCAAAGAGCUUGAUAGAUGGAAAUAUAUCUGGGGCUCCGUCAGAACUUGAAGCUGAUUCGUCCAAAGACAUAAAUUGCCAAGAUGACGAAUUUCAAGAUGCAAGUAAUCCUUUGUGCCCUUCAAUGAGUCUGGCGGUAAUUAAAGCUAAUGAAAUUGUGGGAUCAGAUGUGGAAUCUCCAGCUGCGCCUUCAUACUCUCCACUGACUCCGCUUCUGACUACGCAAAAAGCCAUGUUACGACAUGUAAGUCGUAACUUUUUGCGUAGCCAAAGCAAAGCAGUUACGACAUGUGUUGAAUCUCCAGCUGCCCCAGUAUAUUCUCCGCUUACUCCUCUUACUACACGGAAAGAAGCUGAAAACAAUAAUUCACCAAUGCCGCCAAUGUCACAGAGUACAUUAGAGCUGUUGGAAACCCUAAACGAAGAUUUCUUUACAGUUAGGCAUGAGUAUGAUGAGUUCGCAAAAAGACGCCAAAGUAAUGGAAUUAGUAAAUGUAGUAACCUUAAAGAAGACUGAGACUAUGACGACGAUACAGACUGAUUAUGUACCUGACAGUGGAGCAGAAACUGAUGCAUCGCACUCAUAUGUAAAGCAAAAAAAGGGUAUCGCAAUCCCC